ACAGUCGUAUAGAGACGCCGCCGCGGCCAGUGUCGAGCAGCACACGAUGCCGGCCGCGCACGAGGACUGGGACCUGCCCGCCGUCCCCCGGGGCGGCGACGACGACCCCGGCAGGGCCGCCCGGAGGGUCCUGGCGGAUCGCGGCGGCCCCCGCGAGCAGGUCCUGCAGGCCCUGGCUGAGUGGGUCCGCGAGAAGAAGCUGCCGGAGACUUCGGACGGCGCGCUCGUCAAGUUCGCCCACAGCUGCGACUACGACCUGGAGCGCUCCAAGAAGUGCGUCAAGAGCUUCUACUCGACGCGCGCCCAGGCGGCGGACCUGUUCUCGGGCUGGGACACGGACCUGCCCAACAUCCGCUCCAUCCUGGACGUGAUCAUCAUCGCCAUCAUGCCCCGCAAGACCCCGGACAACUACCGGGUGGUCGUCAACUCGCUGCACACCCCGGAGACGGACGCGUACGUGUUCGUGGACGUGUGCCGCGUGCUGCUCAUGGUCAUGGAGAGCGUGUUCCUCUCGGAGCCCACGGUCGACGGCCUGGUGGUGGUGCACGACAUGGGCAAGGCCAGCUUCGCGCACUUCAUGAAGUUCGGCUGGGCGGUGCCCAAGAAGCUCACUGCGUACACGCAGGAGGCGCUGCCGCUGAAGCAGCAGACCAUGCACUUGGUCAACUGCUCCGGUUUCAUCGACAAAGGCCUUCGGCUGAUGUCGCACAUCGGCCGCAAGGAGGACUGGGAGCGGCUGAGCGUCCACAGAGGGGACGACCACACCGAGUUGCACCGGCGGGUGCCGCCCGACUGCCUGCCCUCCGACCUGGGCGGGACGCUGCCCCCGCUCGCCGAGCUGCACGACAUGACCGUACGCCGGCUGGCCGCCUUCAAGGAUGUCUUCCACCGACUGCUGCCGUAGACGCUACCAUUUUUCACCUCAUUUUAAGUUUAUAAUAAAUACUUCUCUUUUCUGUUUGAAAAAGAAA